CUCCACACCACAACCCCGCCGCCGCCGCCAAGAGGGAGGGGAUUACAAAUCCUCUAUCGUAGGGCUGCGCAGAUCCGCGCCACCGGCCAGCUACCAAUCCCCUCCCCUCCAGCUACCUAUCCCCGAUCUCCCACCAUGGUUUCCGACGCCAGCAAGAAGAAGGCCGCGCAGAAGAAGGCCGCCGCCGCCGCCAAGAGGGGCGCCAAGUCCAGCGUCGCCGCGUCGUCCUCGUCGGCCACGGCCGCAGCCGACAAGGCGGCCGACAACUUACUGGCGCUCAGCCUAUCCGAUCGGACCUGUACCGGGGUCCUCGCCUCCCAUCCGCUCUCCCGUGACAUCCACAUAGAGUCCCUUUCAUUAACGUUUCAUGGCCAUGACCUUAUCGUGGAUUCAGAGCUGGAGCUUAACUAUGGGAGGCGUUAUGGUUUGCUCGGCUUAAAUGGUUGUGGAAAAUCUACCCUUCUCACAGCAAUAGGCCACAGGGAACUUCCUAUCCCUGAACACAUGGACAUCCACCAUCUCACCCGUGAGAUUGAGGCUUCAGACAUGUCUGCGCUGCAAGCUGUUAUCUGCUGUGAUGAAGAAAGAAUCAAGUUGGAAAAGGAAGCUGAAAUUUUGUCUGCACAGGAUGAUGGUGGCGGUGAAGCUUUGGAUCUUGUAUAUGAGCGUUUAGAAGCAAUGGAUGCAUCAACUGCUGAGAAGCGUGCUGCUGAGAUAUUGUUUGGUCUAGGUUUUGACAAGAAGAUGCAAGCUAAGCCAACUAGAGAUUUUUCUGGUGGUUGGCGGAUGAGGAUUGCGUUGGCAAGGGCGCUCUUCAUGAAUCCGACCAUCCUUUUGCUUGAUGAGCCAACUAACCAUCUUGAUCUUGAGGCUUGUGUCUGGCUAGAAGAGAAAUUAAAGAAUUUUGAGCGUAUACUUGUUGUCAUCUCACACUCCCAAGAUUUUCUGAAUGGAGUGUGCACUAACAUCAUCCACAUGCAGAACAAAAUCCUCAAGUUAUACACUGGUAAUUAUGACCAGUAUGUGCAAACCCGCUCUGAACUUGAAGAGAAUCAAAUGAAGCAGUACAAAUGGGAGCAGGAACAGAUUGCUGGUAUGAAGGAGUACAUCGCACGGUUUGGUCAUGGAUCUGCAAAGCUUGCUCGUCAGGCUCAGAGCAAAGAGAAGACUCUUGCAAAGAUGGAGCGUGCUGGUCUUGCUGAGAAGGUUGUCAAUGACAAGAUUCUGGUGUUCCGCUUUACAGAUGUUGGCAAACUCCCACCACCAGUGCUACAGUUUGCUGACGUGACAUUUGGGUACACUCCAGAUAAUCUCAUUUACAAGAACCUUGACUUUGGUGUUGACCUUGACUCAAGAGUUGCACUGGUCGGCCCCAAUGGUGCGGGUAAAAGUACACUUCUGAAGCUCAUGACUGGUGACCUAACUCCAUUGGACGGCAUGGUCAGGCGCCACAAUCACCUACGCAUUGCACAGUUCCAUCAACAUCUCACUGAGAAGCUGGACCUGGACAUGCCAGCACUGCAGUACAUGAUGAAGGAAUACCCUGGGAAUGAGGAGGAGAAGAUGAGAGCUGCAAUUGGCAAGUUCGGCCUGUCAGGGAAGGCACAGGUAAUGCCAAUGAAUAAUCUGUCUGAUGGGCAGAAGGCCCGUGUUAUCUUUGCUUGGCUGGCAUUCAGGCAGCCACAGAUGCUGUUGCUCGAUGAGCCAACAAAUCAUCUUGACAUUGAGACCAUCGACUCCCUUGCUGAAGCACUGAAGGAAUGGGACGGGGGAUUGGUCCUUGUGAGCCACGACUUCAGGCUGAUCAACCAGGUUGCUCAAGAGAUCUGGGUGUGUGAGAAACAGGCGGUGACCAGGUGGGAAGGUGAUAUCAUGGAUUUCAAGCAACACCUGAAGAAGAGGGCUGGUCUCUAGAGUGCCUUUGCUUUUUGGUCCUCGGCUCUUUGGAGAUCUAUAGACAACCCAAAGUUUUGCCUCUGUAUCAGAAAAGUUUUAAUUUUCUAGAGUAACUACAUGUAUGAGUAUCAUUGUAUCGAGUUAAGACAUUCCAGUACGUCAUUUUUAUAACCAGAUGAUUCAUAUUAUUUUCAUA